AAAUAUCUUGCUCAGUGCUGCUGGAGAUGGUUAUGGCAAAAUUUACAGCUCCCGACGGGGAAAUAAGAGGAAACAAUAAAGCAGCAGUGAAAAUAAAGAAACGAGCUGCACAAUGGGACUAAUUACAAGAAGGAAACUGCAGAUUUGCGCUGCAAGGACCAACAGCCCACUUCACUGAUGAGGUCCAAAUCAGCCAACAGAGAGCAGUGACCUGCCCUCACCAAAGUGCACGGCACUCCUGCAGAAACACAGGUUCCUCCCCAGUUCCCCCGCAGGAUCUCAUCCUGUUGUCCACAUUUUCUGCUCGAGUUUGUCCCCGGGAUCAUUUCAAAACUGUUUCUCCACCGCUUCUACCAAAAACUCAGACUGUUGUCCAAAGCAGAAUCGGCCCAGCCCUCCCAGGCAGAAGUAAUGGGGAGUGUGCGAAGCCACCGCUACAGCAUUGUGUCCUCUGAGGAAGACGGCAUGAAGCUGGCCACCAUCGCCGUCCCGAAUGGCUACGGAAAUGGCAACGUCAACAAGGUGCACACAGAGCAACAUCGUCAGAGCCGCUUCGUUAGGAAAGACGGCCACUGCAAUGUGCAGUUUAUCAAUAUGAGUGAAAAGGGCCAGCGGUACCUGGCAGAUAUCUUCACCACCUGUGUGGACAUUCGCUGGCGCUGGAUGCUGCUCGUAUUCUGCCUUUCUUUCCUGGUAUCGUGGUUGUUUUUUGGCUUCGUCUUCUGGUUGGUAGCCCUCUCUUACGGGGACUUAGAGAGUACGACUCAGAAGUGUGUCUCCAACGUGGACAGCUUCACCGCUGCGUUCUUGUUCUCGGUGGAGACCCAAACGACAAUCGGCUACGGUUAUCGCUAUGUGACAGAGGAGUGCCCCGUCGCCGUCUUUAUGGUCGUCUUCCAAAGUAUUUUGGGCUGCAUCAUUGAUGCUUUCAUCAUUGGUGCUGUCAUGGCCAAGAUGGCCAAGCCCAAAAAGAGGAACGAGACCCUGGUGUUCAGCCACUACGCUACAGUGGCCAUGAGGGACGGCAAACUGUGCCUGAUGUGGCGCGUGGGAAACCUGAGAAAGAGUCACUUGGUGGAGGCCCACGUCAGGGCUCAGCUCCUGAGGUCCCGUACCACUGCAGAGGGAGAGUUCAUCCCUCUGGAUCAGGUGGACAUCGACGUGGGCUUCGACAGUGGCAUUGACAGAAUAUUCCUGGUGUCUCCAAUCACGAUUGUGCAUGAGAUCGACGAGGACAGCCCCUUCCAUGAGAUGAGCAAACAGGAUUUGGAGACAUCAGAGUUUGAGAUAGUAGUGAUUCUGGAAGGCAUGGUGGAGGCCACGGCCAUGACCACCCAGUGUCGGAGCUCAUACGUGGCAGGCGAGAUUUUGUGGGGCCACCGCUUUGAGCCGGUGCUCUUUGAAGAAAAGAACUACUACAGAGUGGACUACUCUCGCUUCGACAACACCUACGAGGUGCCCAGCACGCCCACCUGCAGUGCCAGGGAACUCGCUGAGAAAAAGUCCAACACCUCCAGCUUGAGGAACUCCUUUUGCUACGAGAACGAGGUGGCUCUUGAAAAGGUCGAGAUGGAGGAAGAGUUUGAGGAAGACGUGAACAGGCCGAUGAGUGGCGAGGAGGUCGACGCACCCGAGUACACCAACUCAGACGAGGUGUCAGACUCUGAAUGCAAUCUGGACACUGUACCGUUAGAAUCAAGACCUCUGACGGCGGAAUCAGAAAUAUGAAUGCAGGGAAAGGGGGUUCAAACAGUACCACAGGGCGUGUUGAGCUCUGAUUGCUGUCAGUAAAGCGCAAAGACUGAGACUUGCGCUCAAAAUGCUCUAUGCACUAAGUCACGCUCAAGUCACAGAGGAAAUGCAAUCGUUAUACCGUAUAUGGUCAAAGUGUUUGGUGUUAAAUUACCUUGUUACGCGAACCUACAAAUGGGUUAGAUGCCGUCACUCAUUAAGCUAAAUCAUGAGGUAGGAUAGUAAUUGGAUUGACCACAUUUGUUCAUUUAUAAAGUGCAUAUUUCCACUUUACACAUUUUGCAUUGAUCAUCCUAUACGGAAAAUGUGUGUGUGUAUGUAUUUAUAUCUUUGUGAGGACAUUUUGACCGUGUCUGGACAUUUUGUCCAGGCCUGACAAUGUUAAGGGCUUAAGACGUGCUUUCGGAGUUAGAGUUAGGCACUUAGUUGUCCUAGCUAAGGUUAGGGUAAGGGG